AUGCCUUCAGGAAACACAAGGCCUUCCAAGCAGCGGCCCGCCGAGGUUGCUGCCGAGGCCAAGAAGCAGUUCAUCCCGAUUGUCAAGAGCAACUCGCAGUGGCAGACGUUCUCCUAUCUCUACCAAGAACCCCUCUCCCAGUUGGCCUUUGUCGAUCCACCCCGCACUCUUGACCCCCCUGAGUUCUACGUCCAGCAUGGAGACCCUGUCGACACUGCUAUGCAAUGGGCAGCCCAGUGCGGUUCACCGGUUCCCGUGAUCUGUGCAGCAAACGACAAGAGACCUGGCGGGGAUUGGGAGACUGGAGUAUGUGGCUACGAGGAGAGGUUGUGUCGUAGGAGCAGCCUCGCGGCCACACUCGCAAUACCAGGCCCGGGGUCGCACGUAGAGGCAAACUACCCGAUCCCAGUAUUCGGUGCCAUCUGGUCACAGCACGUCGGUAAGCAUCCCCUGGUUUUAGAACCUCCCCCCCUCCCCCCGGCAGUCGUAUUCCGUGGCCCCCACGACGGGUACGAGAAGCGCCCCAUGGAGGACUGGAAGCCCCUCCCCGUGUGCUCCAUGGCGCCCAUGCGCUGGCCCAAGCUCACUCAGAACGGGACCAAGUACUCCUUCGCCAAGGAGCGGGAGAUGGUCAAGGCCAAGCUCCGCGGCGCCCUGCGAGUCUGCGCGUACUACAACUGCACCGCCGUCGUCAUCGGCGACUUUGGCCUCGGCAACGCGCACCGGAACCCGCCCGAGGAGCUCGCCGAGCUCUGGCGCGAGGUCUUCCUCUACGACCCAGACCUCCGCGGCCGGAUCCGCCACGCGGCCUUCGUCUUCGACGAUCCCAACCAGAGCACCGCGCAGCUGAUCCUGGACGACAUGGAGAAGAAGAGUAGGGGCCUGGGGGGAGGGGUUGGCAGCGGGAGGACCCGGUCGAAGAGCUCCAACAAUACCAACCCUUCCAGCGCGUCCAGCCCUCCCCGCAGCCCUGGGGUGUCGACGGACUUUGACAUAUUCCACCGUGUCUUCGACAGCCAGGAGGUGCGCCGGGUGAUGGGCCAGCGGGACUCGAGGUACGGCUUGGAUAACCUUCUGACGGAAUAG